GCUAACUUAGGAGAGAGGCCUGGGGACAGAUGGUAGAGGUUCAACCCGUGACUGGUGUAGACAAGUUAGACCAGCAGCCUCUACUUGCUCUGCUUUUCCAGAGAUCAGCCUGGUAGGCCUCAUGGAAGUAGAGGAGGAUCACUGGCUGUGGGAGGGGCAGGCAACCAGGUGGUGGAGAUGCUCUCCUCCAGUGCCCUGUGUUGCAGGUUUAGAGUAGGGGCUGCAUCUGGUGAAUGAGGUGUAUGUGAGGAGGUUUGGGAGAUUUGUAGAAAGCUUCCUAAAAUGAAUGAAUCACUUGGGAAUCACAGUGAGCCCUGAAGGUAUGAAAGAUGCCACAGAGUUGAUGCUGACAGCACCCCUACCCCCACCUCUAGCUUAACUAAAUAAAAAUCUUGCUGAAAAGAGACCAGGGAACUGCUUGUGCAGGGGAGAUGCAGCCCUGCUCCUCCUACUUCUUUAAAAGGGGUGAUUGAAUCACUGGUCGCGGGGGUCCCGCCCUUGCCCUGCCCCGCCUUCCAGGCAGUGGAUGAGCCCUGUGUGAACCCUCCCCUUGGAGCCUGAGAGGCUUAGAAAGGAGGGAGGGCUCAUUUGGUGGUGGGGCACCGGCAAGGGUACUAUGCAGGAGGGGAGGUUGGUGGAGACAGUAGCUCUCUGCUGUGCUCUGGCUCAUCCUGCAGACGUGCACCAGCGGCAGCCGGGCUCGUUUUUGGGCCUCGCCCCCGCGCAGGGGCUUUGAAUGCGGCCGCCCCCAUGAGAACAUUGGCCUGGCCUCCUAUCCGUAAGCCUUUGCCUGUGGAAACUGAGCCAUGUGGGCCUGGGCUUGGGCCACAGCAGCCCUUCUCUGGCUGCAGACUGCAGGAGCGGGGUCACGGCAGCUGGCCAUUGGUGUGGAGUCCCCUAAUAUCACCACACCCAACCGCGAGGGAUUGCCAGGCUUCUUCAAGCCACCAGAGGUCUCUGGACCUGAACUCUCAGAUGCCCACAUGACAUGGCUGAACUUUGUCCGCCGGCCAGAUGAUGGGGCCACUAGGAAACGGUGCCGUGGCCGGAAUAAGAAGUCGCGAGGCCUCUCGGGUCUCCCAGGGCCCCCGGGACCCCCUGGCCCUCCUGGUCCACCUGGUUCCCCUGGUAUGGAAGUCACCCCAGAGGUCCUGCUGCAGGAAUUUCAGGAGAUGCUGAAAGAGGCCACGAAACUUCGAUUCUCAGGGCUACCAGAUACAUUGUUACCCCAAGAACCCAGCCAUCGGCUGGUGGUUGAGGCCUUCCACUGCCGCUUGAAAGGUCCUGUGCUGGUGGACAAGAAGACACUGGUGGAGCUGCAAGGAUUCCAGACUCCUACUGCCCAGGGUGCCUUCCUGCGGGGAUCUGGCCUGAGCCUGGCCUUGGGCCGAUUCACAGCACCAGUCUCUGCCAUCUUCCAGUUUUCUGCCACCCUGCACAUUGACCACAGUGAGCUACAGGGCAGAGGCCGGUUGCGUACCCGGGACACUAUCCGUGUCCUCAUCUGUAUUGAGUCCCUGUGUCAUCAACACACGUCCCUGGAGGCUGUAUCAGGCCUGGAGAGCAACAGCAGGGUCUUCACAGUGCAGGUUCAGGGGCUGUUGCAGCUACAGUCUGGACAGUAUGUCUCCGUGUUCGUGGACAACAGUUCUGGGGCCGUCCUCACCAUCCAGAACAGCUCCAGUUUCUCUGGACUGCUUUUGGGUACGUAGGGGAGCUGAAAACACAAUGAUUGAGGAGGAACUACAAGGACUGCUCCCCAUUAAUAAUUGUCACAACAAUAAAGAGCUCCGGA